AUGAAAGUAUAUGAUACAAUUCAGAAUAUCUUUGUUGAUGGAGCAAUCUUCACUGACCAAUGCAGAGCCAAGAGUUGGGAUUAUUUUGAGAGAACGGUUUUAAUGGCUGCAAGUAAGAAAGAAGUAGAGGUGAAUGAUCCCAUGGGAAUCGAGCUGAUAGCCAUUUUAAGGGAAUUACAGUUAUGCUUUCCUUUGGGAUUACAUGAUCUUGUGGUUGAGAGUGACUCACUUCUUAUUGUUAAUGAACUGCUUGCUACUGGGCAUCUGUUUUUACUUGAGAAUCUGAUCUAUAAUGUUAAGGAGUUGAUGAAGAAGAUACCAAGAUGCUCAAUACAGCAUACAGUUCGCAUAGCUGAUGAGGCUGCACAUAAAUUGGCUAAGCAUGCAUGGAGUCUAGAAGACAUUUCAGUUUGGUGGAAUUCAAUUCCAACUUGCUAUGCAGCACAUGGUUGUGUUGAGGAUGCUUUGCAACUCUUUGAGUGGAGCUUGAGGAAGAAUUUCAGGCUAACUGAGUUCACACUCAGUAUUGUUCUAAGUUCUUUUUGUACACUCCCCCCAGCAGAGCAGGGUGGUCAAAUUCAUGCUUUGGUUAAAUCGGGUUUUGAGUCAGAUCCAAUUGUUGCUAAUUCACUCAUGGAAAUGUAUGCUAAAUUUGGGUCAGUUAAUUAUGCCAUGAAGAUGUUUGCUGAUUUGGGUGUACGGGAUUUGAUAUCCUGGAACACCAUGAUUUUGGGUUUGACUAACAAUGGUAGAGUACACGAGACCCUUGACAUUUUUUGA